CGCCAUGUUUGUGAUUUGAAAGCAGGAUUUUUUUUACGCGUUGCGACAUCGAAAAAGGCGGCGAAAAGAUUGCUUAAAAGCGUUGGUAGUGGACGUUAGGGUACAUUUUGUGAUUGUGCAGGUGUGAGAGAGUCUACAGAAGCAAAAUGUCCGGGGAUACCUUAGAAUUCGACCAAAUUUUCCAAGAAAAUAAAGGCGCUAUGUACGAUGGCAGACUUCGGAUCACCAAGCAGGGAAUCGUCUUCAAGAACAACAAGACAGGAAAGGUCGAUAACCUGGCGGGCACUGACCUGAACUUGACCCACUGGUUCAGGGUCGCCAGAGGUUAUGAGCUGAAAGUCGGCCUCAAGUCUGGAGCCGUCUUCAAGUACGAUGGGUUCAAGGAGUCGGACUUUGACAAACUGUCGGACUUCAUCAAUAAGAACUACAAAAUGCGUCUUGAGGAGAAGGAGCUGUCAGUCAAAGGCUGGAACUGGGGGACUGCCAAGUUCAAAGGCCCUUUGCUGUCCUUUGACAUUGACAACAUGUCUGCAUUUGAGAUCCCGCUGGGUAACGUCUCCCACUGCGCCACGUCCAAGAACGAGGUCGCGCUAGAGUUCCACCAGAACGACGACGCUGACGUGUCACUCAUGGAGAUGAGGUUCUACGUCCCGCCCAAUCAGGACAACCCAGACAUAGACCCAGUCCAGGCUUUCCAUGAUAAUGUGAUGGACAAGGCAGACAUCAUCCAGGCCACUGGAGAUGCCAUCUGUAUCUUUAAGGAACUCCAGUGUCUUACACCAAGAGGCAGAUAUGAUGUGCGUAUCUACCCCACCUUCCUCCAUCUCCAUGGAAAGACGUUUGACUACAAGCUGCCUUACACAACAGUCCUGCGUCUCUUCCUUCUCCCACACAAGGACCAGCGACAAAUGUUCUUUGUGGUUAGUCUGGAUCCCCCCAUCAAACAAGGCCAGACCAGAUACCACUUCCUCAUCCUGCAGUUCAGUAAGGAUGAGGACAUGACCUUGGAGCUCAGCCUGUCAGAAGAGGACUGUGCGGAUAAGUUUGAGGGAAAGCUGCAGAAGGAGAUGUCAGGCCCUGUGUACGAGAUCGUCAGCAGAGUCAUGAAGUCCAUGGUCAACAGGAAGAUCACAGUACCCGGGGGCUUCAAAGGUAACUCUGGCACCAGUGCGGUCAGUUGUUCUCACAAGGCUGGUGCAGGGUUCUUAUACCCUCUGGAGAGGGGUUUCAUCUACGUGCACAAGCCGCCAAUCCACCUCCGCUUCGACGAGAUCUCGUGCGUGAACUUCGCUCGAGGCGUUGCCAGCAACAGGACGUUUGACUUCGAGAUCGAGACCAAGUCUGGAACCACCUACACCUUCAGCAGUAUUGAGAAGGAGGAGUAUGGCAAACUGUUUGACUUCACCACCAAUAAAAAACUGCGAGUCAAGAACAGAGGAAAGAACCUGAAGGACAGUGUGAACUAUGAUGAGGACAUGAUGGGCAGUGAUGAUGAGGGUCAGCAUGAUGCCUACAUGGAGAGGGUGAAGGCAGAGGCAGCCGAGGGCAUCAGUGAUGAGGACGAGUCUUCUGAUGAUGAAGAGGAGGAUGCAGACUUUAACCCAGACGGCAGCGGGAGUGACAUCGCGGAGGAGUACGACAGUAACGCCUCCAUCUCCUCCAGCGAUGAUGAUGAGGAGGAUGAGGAGAAGAAGGAGCGCAGGAAGAAGAAACUGGAGAAGGCCAAGAACAAACCUGCUAAGAGAAGGAAGGCAUCAGACGGAGGAAGGAAGCGUAAGAAGAGGCAGAAGAAAGACCCUAAUGCCCCAAAGAAGGCCAUGACGGCGUUCAUGAUCUGGCUCAACGCCACCAGGAGCGAUCUGCGCAAGGAAAAUCCCGACGCUAGCAUCGGCGAGAUCGGGAAAAUCGCUGGAGAGAAAUGGAGAGAGAUGGGUCCAUCAGACAAAGAGGAAUGGGAGCAGAAGGCAAAGGAAGACAAGGAGCGCUACAAGGCAGCCAUGGAGGAAUACGAGGCCAGGAAGGCAGAGGAGGGCAGCAGUGGGGGGGAAGAGAGCGACCAGUCGGAGAAAAAGAAGAGUAAAAAGAGCAGGUCCAGUCGACCCAAGCCCAGCCCCACCAAAAGCCCAAGUAAGGCCGGCUCAGGGGCUAACUACAAGAGUAAGGAGUACAUCAGUAGUGACAGCGACAGUGACUCCAGUAACAGUGACAGUGACAGUGAGGAGAAGGAGAAGAAGUCAAAGAAGAAAGGAAAGAAGGCCAAGAAGAAGUCAGAAGAUGAAGAAGAGGAGCCCAUAGCCAGCACACCGCCGGAGUCAGAGGAGUCAGCAUCUGGUGGAGAGGAGGAGGAUGAAGAUGAUGACUGAAGUGAUGCUUCCUGCACAUUCCCAGAACCUAGAGGUUUGACUAAGUAGCCAGUUUCUUCAGUGUGGUAUUUUUACUUUCAAAACUGAUGUACAAACUAGUUAAUGACACCAUCAGCUAGCUGGUACUGGGUGGAGAUGGAGAUUUGAAAAAUGUCCACAUUUCAAAGUAAUGGUGUCAGUUGGUACAGUCGUGUAUGGUUUGGCAAACUGUUGGUCUCAAUGAAAUUGCUCAGACUUUUCCUCAGUAUUCAUGCUGUACAAUGCUACAAAGUAGACAUAAAAAUGGGAUUUAAGUAACAAAAAGCUAUUUCUUUUCUCACUUGUCUGUGAUGUCAGCGGCACACAAGAAUGAGCAUUUUCAAUCGCAUUGGUAAACAGAGAGGCUAAAGAUAUAUUUGUCUAUCUGUGUCUGGUGACAAAAAAGUAACACUUUUGUGUAUAGAUGUUUGCUUCCAAAUCUGUUUUAGAAUAAUCAUACAAUUAUGAUCAAUGUCAAGACUCAAACAAAACUAAAAGCCCUUACUUGUGUAUGCUGAAGAGAAAGUAAGAAAACAAGUCUACGCCUCAGAAAAGUGAACAAUGUCAUGUAUAGAGUGAUCAACUUAUCCAUAGAUAGUACGGAGAUUGCUGUAACACCAUGGUAUGAUUUUAAUGACAGAAUAAAGUAAGACUUUUGUCCAAAA